CUCACCUCCCCCGACGUGGGGCUGCUGAAGUUGGCCUCCCCGGAGCUGGAGCGGCUCAUCAUCCAGUCCAGCAACGGGUUAAUCACCACCACGCCGACCCCGACGCAGUUUCUCUGCCCCAAGAACGUUACCGACGAGCAAGAGGGCUUCGCCGAAGGCUUCGUGAGAGCGCUGGCGGAACUGCACAACCAGAACACGCUGCCCAGUGUCACCUCGGCCGCCCAACCUGUCAGCGGUGGCAUGGCACCUGUGUCCUCCAUGGCCGGCGGCGGCAGCUUCAACACGAGUUUGCACAGCGAGCCCCCGGUGUAUGCCAAUCUCAGCAACUUCAACCCCAACGCGCUCAACUCUGCACCCAACUACAACGCCAACGGCAUGGGCUACGCGCCGCAGCAUCACAUAAACCCCCAGAUGCCCGUGCAGCAUCCCAGGCUUCAGGCUCUGAAAGAAGAGCCUCAGACUGUACCUGAAAUGCCGGGGGAAACCCCUCCCCUGUCCCCUAUUGACAUGGAGUCGCAGGAGAGAAUCAAAGCCGAGAGAAAACGCAUGAGAAACAGAAUUGCGGCGUCCAAAUGCCGGAAAAGGAAGUUGGAAAGGAUUGCCAGGUUGGAAGAAAAAGUGAAAACUUUGAAAGCCCAGAACUCAGAGCUGGCAUCCACUGCCAACAUGCUCAGAGAACAGGUUGCACAGCUUAAGCAGAAGGUCAUGAACCAUGUCAACAGCGGGUGCCAGCUAAUGCUAACACAACAGUUGCAAACGUUUUGAAGAGACUGACUUAAAUAGGAACUGUGAUGUUGUGGUAUAACUAAACAACAAACCAAAAGCGGCGGCCGCGUAAAGCUCACGGUAAAAGCUGAGAGGCUGUGAGUCCUGCCUGCGUGCUGCAAAGCGCAUGUGUGGAAAGACUGGCGAGCCUUCAGCUUGAGUUGGUGAAGCAGCCAGCACCGCUCCGAGGAGUGCUGUUCCUGCUCUGAUGAGGCGUCAGAUCUUCGUUUAACAUUGACCAAGACCUGCAUGGACCUAACAUUCGAUGAUCAUUCAGUAUUAAAGGUUAAACUGCAAUAGAAACUGUAGAUUGCUUUAUGUAGUAUUCCUUAAGAAAAAAAAAAAGGCGGGAGGGAGGUUUGUGGGAGGCUGAUAAACAAACAAGAACUGUUCUGCCUGCCUUCAAGUAAAUGGUGUAUGUACAUAUCCUUUUUUAUUUUAUUUUAUGAAAGUUGAUUAAUGUCAAUAAACUACUUCAUGACUUUGUAAGUUAUUUUUAUGUUGUUUAUUUGGGUACUGCCCAGUAUUGUUUGUAAAUAAGAGGCUUUUUUUUAGCACUCUGAGUUUACCAUUUGUAAUAAAGUAUAAUUUUUUUAAUG